AUGGAACUGCAUCACUCGCUCCACUCGCACAUCAUCGGAAAAGGCGGUCGUGGCAUUCAGAAGGUGAUGAAGAUGACCUCGUGUCACAUCCAUUUUCCCGACUCGAAUAAGUACUCGUGAGUUGGAUAUUGUUUGGAUAUCUAACAGUGAAAUGCUAAAUUUUAGAGAUGCGAACAAGAGCGAUCAGGUUUCGAUUUCCGGCACGCCUGUCAAUGUGUUCGAGGCGUUGAAGCAGUUGAGGGUGAGUCUGGCCCGGAAAAAAAAAACUGAAUAGGCCUAAUGGGGCUAUUCAGCGUAUGUUUGUUUUCCGUUUUUUUUUCCGUUUUUUUACACCGCUGAAUUGGGUUUUUUGACGUAAAAAAACGAAAAAAACGGAAAAAAAUCAUUUUUUUCACAGCCUGAAUAACCCCAUAAAAGUUCUUCACGCUAGAAGAAAGAACGGACUGAAAAAGCCUGAAAAGGACCUCCCAGGCUAGCUACAAAGUCUAAAAAUCCAUUUACAGACAAUGUGUCCCCUGACCGUCUACAUGAAACUUCCGUGGUAUCACCCCGGCCAGCCGGACCUCCGACCCCUCAUGUCCCAGAUGGAUCUGGAAGUGAACGUCGAGCAGGGCAUCUACAGUUUGGCCAUUAAAAUGAACGGAAGUCAAGACGCCAGCGUUCUCUUCGCCAUCCGCCUCGUCUUACACCAUUUCUUAUUGGUACGCGAUCGAAAAUGUCAUCUAUCGAUACCUAUUUCUCUUUUUGUACAGACCGAGGAGUACCUGAAUAUAUCCACAACUGUUCUGGUCAAAGAGGAACUCAUAUAUCAGUUGGAGAACAUUGAGGAGCAGAGAGAAAAGUGUGGCAGCCUACAGUAAUCAUGUACCGUACUUGUUCAGACUACGAGCAGUGUGCAACAAGAACAGCGUGACGAUUCAAACGCUUCCGGAAACGCAUUCGAUUUCAGUGGUCGGACCGCCCGGAGGAGUACUCAACGUUCGGAAAAUGCUUAUUGUAACCACAAAAAGCGGCGAGAAAACGGUCACAGCACAAUACUUUUCAGGGUCUCGCUGGCGUCGCCGUUCAAUUCGAUUGCAACAUGAUGGAUGUGCACUAUCCGGUGCAACAAUUGGAGCAGGAGCGGGGUCUGCUGAUUGGGUGCAAACGGAAGAACGGAGACGUCAUGGUGAGAAGACUGAGAGGACUAAACCGGGAUUUUAGGCUUCAGACAAUCACCAUCAAAGCGGCCGAGUCGAAACUGGCGGAGAUCCUCCAAUCCCGAGAACUCCUGCUCGCACUCCCGCCGACCACCUACUCGUGUCCCGAUGAUUACGACCCGAGCCCGCCGGUUAACAGUAAGCGCCAAAACACCCUUAUAACCAAAAAUCCCAAAUCUAUUUUAGUCCCCGGACCGCCGACACUGAUCCCGCUGCAAACGGAAAUGACUAAUGGAGUGCGGGUGUUCUUGACACCGCCCAUCGAAUCGCCAAAGAGUCCGGAUCCAGAGGACUCACCACUGGCCGCCUCGAUUUUGAAAGGAGCCAAGGACAUUAGCAAGGGCAGGUGAGACUCAGGAAUGGGUGCAGUGCUACAGUAUCCGCUUCAGUGACAUUUGGAAGAAGAAGCCGAAAGCGGACCGCGGAGAAAUGCUCAUCAAAGCCACGCAGGCGAUCUUCGACGAUUCCGUACUUUCGAGUCCUCGAUACCCAACCGAUCUUUGGUCCGGAUAUGGCUUCAGCUCCUCCCUCCCCGCAGACCUAAUCAAGGGGAUGCUCGACUUGUCGACUAGUGAGGUAUUUGAAGAUGCCAACAUAAUUUGUACCCUCUAGACCUUACAGCCCACCCCAACCACAUCGCUAUUUUUGAAUCAGUCCCAGAGGGGCGGAGGGCUAUGCAGUGUGCGUGAGGAGGACGAGGAGCUCUCCGACUUCUCGGCGUCGUCAACCAAUUACGGAAUGUCACGCGUUUUCGAGCAGCCUACGAGGAGCGGUGAGUAACUAAGCUUAUCAAGACGGGGACUAACUAGAUUCUAUUCUAAUUCCAGUCUUCUCUGCCUCUACCUCAGUUUUCGACUCAAACUCGCUUCCCUACGACCUCCAAUGGGAUAUCAACUAUUUCACGGAUCCGUCAAUGGUGCUAGCGCAGCUGGGAUGCAGUGAAUACAUGACGCAGCUCAGGGAUCAAGAGGUUCAGACCUUUUGGGUUUUCACAAAAUGAAGCACUUUUUGCAGAUUGACAUGCACGCGUUUUUGCUGCUCGAUGAGCAAAACCUCAAAGACAUUGGGGUUUCGACGAUUGGAGCGCGCAAGAAAAUUCAUCACGCAAUUCUCAGUAAGGAUUUCCGCGAGAUUAUGGCUUCAAACGUUUUUUUUUCAAAUUAUUUCAGAGCUUCGCGACUCGGCACGUCUCAACGGAUAUGCUGUGUAG